AUGCCAACAGAAAAAAUUCAUGAAAGCAAAUGUGUUUCAUCACUGUUGGUUUUUUUUCUAUUAUCAUUAACAAUAUCAAUUGUGAAAUCUUCAAAAAACAAGAAUCAACUUUUACUUAGUGGUUAUCGCUAUCGUCGUGCAGAUAAAUCUCAAAUUAUUUGCCAUUGUUGUCGAAAUGACUGUGCUGCUCGUGUACGUUUUGAUGGACCAGGAUAUAUUAAAGUUACGGAUUAUGUUCAUGUACAAAAUCCUGAAGAAACAAUAUCAGUGGAAUUCAAGUCAAAUAUCAGUUCUGGUGUAACAGCAUGA